CAACGCUGCUAAUAUAGCUAGCCUGCGCAGUGAUGAGGUACUGUCAGUCCAGCUGGGUAAUUUACCUGCAAGACAAGCGACCUCUCAGCUGGCGUUACUCAACACGGAUUAACUAAUAUGUUUUAAUCAACAGGACUGAGGAGGAUCAGCCAUUAAAGCUAUUUAAAAUUACACCCCCGAGUCAAACAGGGGAGUCAGUCGCUGAGAGAUGGGGGAGAGCAGUCCUAUGGGCCGAGUAACGGUGUACUCCAUCCAGGGCUGCCCACACUGUGUGCAGGCUAAGGCCACCCUGGGGCGUCUGGGAGUACCAGUAUGUGACGUGGAUGUGGGGAGGCAUCCAGAACUAAGAGCCCGGGUGAAGGAGCUGACAGGACGCAGCACAGUCCCUCAGAUCUUCUUCAACAACAUUCAUGUCGGGGGCAAUGAUGACCUACAGAAAUUGGCUCCCGAGGAGCUUCAGAGGUUGGUGAAUCUGGUCAAGGAAGAGCCUCUUCCAGCAGACGCUCCACCACUACCAGAGGAGAACCAAUCAGAAGACACGGCAGGGGAGACCGAUGGAGAGUUUAAGUGUGAGAGAGAUGAGUUGGCGGACCUGGUAGAGGACUUCAAACAUGGCAAUGUGAUUGGCAGUCAUAGGAGGGGACUGACAUUAUACAAAAAGAGCUUCUCAGGUGAUCAACUGGUUGACUGGCUGCAGAAAGAGAAGGGCAUGGCCAGGGCUGAGGCCUUUAAUACUGGCCAAGCAUUGUUGCAGAAGAAGUACAUGGUCAGUGUACGUGGCUGUGGGCAGCAGGAUGGCAGUUUUGGAGAAGGGAAAGACACCAUGGACACACUGUACAGGCUGCUGGAGCAUGACCCUCAUUCAGCCCUCAACGCAGGACAGACCGCAGCCUGCAGUCCCAUCCAGGCUUCCGAGCUCUCUUUGCUUUUACGGGAGCUGAUUUUGAAACUGUUCUCCGAGCAUCUCUCUGCUGAUGGCAAGUCUGUGGACUACAAAGGCAUGUCGGUGAACCCUGCCUUUGAGCGUUACUCUGAGCUAGCCAUUCAGCUGCAAAGGGUGGAGCUGCUUUCGCUGAGUCGGGAGGAGAAGCUGGCCUUCUUCAUAAACAUCUACAACGCCUUGGUCAUCCACGGGUACCUACGCCUAGGGGCCCCCACCAACAUGUGGCAAAGAUACAGAUUCUUCAACUAUGUGAGCUACCUCAUUGGAGGAGAGGUGUUCACAUUACAGGACAUUGAGAACGGCGUUCUGAGAGGGAACAGAAAAGGUGUCGCACAGCUUCUGAAGCCCUUCUCCAAAAAAGACCCACGACUACAAGUGGCCCUUCCAGAUGCUGAGCCCCUCAUUCACUUUGCCUUGAACUGUGGCGCAAAGGGCUGCCCACCGAUUAAAACAUAUACUCCACAGGACAUUGACAGCCAGCUCCGCAUAGCGGCUGAAGCCUUCCUGGAGAAUGACGACGGCUGUAUGGUGGAUUCUGGGAAAGGAGAAGUGCGACUCAGUCAGAUAUUCAAGUGGUACAAGGCUGACUUCGGAGGCACUGAUGAGAAGCUGCUGAAGUGGGUGGUGGAGCACAUGGGAGACUCUCCGAAGAAGACCAGCCUGCAGGGCGUCCUUUCUGCUGGGAAGACCAAAGUCAGCUUCCUCCCUUAUGACUGGAGCAGCAACAGUUCCCACUGAGCAUGCACACACAAAUACAUACACGUCCAGCUGCAUCUACUUAAAAACCCGAAGGUUGGUGAUGACAAAUACAGUCCACUGGUCCUCAACCAUGCAAAUGUUUUAUGCAAAACAAAAUCCAAGUGAGAGGAGUGUUUUUGCAUUGUAUCAUAGAAUCACAUUUUUCUUGUAGGUUUAUCUUAGCUUGAUGGUCCUAUUGUCAGCUCCUACACCCUAUGUUUGAAAGUCAUGUACUGCAUAUGAGUUGUACAUUCAAAUUUUAUUGGUUUGAAGUAAUAACAACAGAGAGCUUAUUUUAGAAAUCAAGUUGCACACAGAAACAAUGUAAUACAGCAGCAGGAUUAACAGGAAGUGUGUUGUGCUGUUGACUUCCAUUAUUAUUGUCCCAUUUAAAAUGACAAAAGCCUAAAAAUCUGUGUACAUUUUCCAAAUUAUUUAGAGUAAAUUCUCAGAGAAAGCUAAUACAACAUCAUACUGUAUAAUUAUUAUAAUAAUAUAACAAAUUGUUAAUAUGGCUUGCAUCCUCUUCUUCAGUCCUAGUUUUUAAACACCAUGUCAGCAACUCAGGAGUUAUAGAUUAUCACAAUCUUCUCUGUCCAAUACAGCACUCAUUGGACUAUUUAUGUGGAGCAUUUAAUCAGAGCGGAUGGAGACGAUAACUUGGCUGAUCCAAACACACUGCCUUGACAAGCCAUAACAAAACCCUUUGAACUUACAAACCUACUCAUCGUGUUCAGCAGAUUCUGUAUAUUCCCCACAGUGCUGCUCCAUCAUUUCAGCACCAAUUUUUUUUUUUUACCUGCAGAGGUAAACAAGCUGAUGUUCCUUUUUCAAGUAUGACCCAGUUAUCAAGCUGUUUUUCAUUGGACAAACACAAUCUGGUUAGGUGCUGGUAAUGUCAAUUAUAUACCCAAAGGAUUGGCAUAGGUUGGACUGGAACUGCAGUGUGGUGUGGUGGCUAUGAGGCUGCUCUGUCCUCAGAAGUCCCCAUGUUUGUGGACAGCAUCCUUUUUUAUAGGAUCCAGUCACUGAAUUACAAAAACAUGACUGUCUUUGUUUAGAGAGCACAAAGAGAUGCAGCGCUCAGACUUUUCCAUAUUUUGAUCCGUUUAAAUUUCCGACCCCUUGUCGUAUUUUGAGUCCUCCUUUCUUUAUCUGAACUUACUUCACCCCUCAUUUUGAUCCAGGUCUUCCAUUUUCAAUCGGAAAAGUGCUACUGCUGUGUUUUUUCACACAGUUAUUUAGUAAAAGAUAUGGUAAUAUUGUGAAAUAUUGAAAUAUUUAUCAAAACUACACCCAUUUGGGAUGCACUCUUGACACUUUGCAUGUUUAUCGCCAACUUUGAAUGCUGUUGAGACACAUUUGUACUUUUUUCAGAGUCACUGCUGGUCCAUAUGAAUAGAAUAGGCUGUGUUUAUCUGGCUGUUUAUUCAAGGGUAUCCACGGGAACUGAACAGAAUUCUCAGACUUGAAAACAUUUUUCAUUACUCGAAUCCAAAGUCAUGUAGCAGUUUAAGUCUUGAUUUGAUUUAGUUUAGCAGGUUUUUGGUGUGUGGAGUUUCUGCUUACAAAACUGUUUUUAAAAUUCAACUUCAUUGUUUGUUUUUUUCAUUUUACCUGGCCUUAAAAGUUUAGUAUAAUUACUGUAUAUGAUUAUAACGAGUGUGUGGCUUAGAAAAAAAAGUCUAUUUCUGGGGCUUUCUCUGUUUCCAUAAUUCAAGGAUUUUCUUAUCUCAGGUCAAAGGAAAAUGUGAGUGGGAAUAACAUUAAGUUCUUUGAUGCAAUCAAUGCACUGUAUGCUGCAUGUUGUGUAUAGUCUUAACAAAUAUCAGCUCAUUCUGCAUAGUCCAUAUUCCUUUGCAAAGGCAUUGUCACGCACAUUAUUGUAACUGUCAGUUUCUUUGUCUUUAAGAUAUAAGCAGCACCAAAGCGUAUGGUUAAAUUUGCAUGUGUUAAAACUGGAAUGUGCGGCUUGAGAUACCGGAAAACUAUCCAAUCUUGAAUGCUGGUCUUAUAGCAGGACUGCCUCUGUCACUGCUUUUGUUUCUAGCCUGUAAGCUCAGCCAUAAGACGUAGGCGGACCUUAACACUUACCCCCCAGUCAGACAAAUAAAGUGUCAUUUAAUAUCAGAACACAAUAAUGUAAAGCCAGCCAUCUGUCAACAAAAAUUUGCAUCACCCAGUCUUAACAAUAGACCUUUUCUGCUAGCACAUGCCUUCAGUGACAAGUGCACCCUUGGCUUUACUACACUUAACUCCAUUAUUGAGUGACUGAGCGUAAAACACAAGGGGAGGACUUGUGGGCUAAAACAGACAUAACAAAAGGGUUUUAUUUACUAUAUCCCUGUCCUUUUUUCAAAAUUACCUCAUGUAUCAGGAAAAUGUGAUGCAAAAACUUUUUUAAUUCUAAUAUAAUCAUUCUAUUUCCCUCUUUCCUGGGGUUAACAAUGAAGCAAUAUGUUUAUGAAUAGCAAAUAUGCAAUGCCGAACUAAAUAAACUAUAUUAUGAGUCUGUC